CAUCUGUUCUGCUCGCGCCCCCUUCGCCCUUUCGCACAAUUCCAAGUCUCACCAGCAGAAACCAUCACCUCACCAUACCUCAGCUAGACAUCGUUCAAGUAGAUCCGUCGUCGAUCAUGGUUUAUCAGCCGCAGACGCUUGGCUAUUCUCAGUUCGAACAGAUGCCCCGUCACACCAGAGGUCUUCUUAGCAUCUUCCAGAGCUCUUCUUCCAAGUGGACGCCUCCGGCCAUACCAAGAGCUGAAGUCAUCCCUGUGUGUAUAGCACAGCACUAUCGCACCCUAUCUGAAGUACUAUCACAAGCUCUCCGCUGUCAACGAUUCAAGAGUCCCUUCAGGGUCCUCAGCCAGCCCCAUCUCCAAAUUUGCGUCUAUCAUGCAGCUAGGCUUUCGAUGAUGUCGAAUCAUGUUUCUGCUCUUCCCAGCACGCUGUACUGUCGUCUACUUUUGUGUCCUUUCGUAUCCGAGUUUUCUUAUUGGAUACUGUCUUUAUACUUUUCGUUAACCGUGCAAGUCACUUCCGUUUGCGGGUGGCUGCGGCUGGCUGUAUUUGCAUGUGUGAACGGUUUUUGUUGCGAACAUACCGAUAAGCGUCAAAUUCUCAAGUCGUCAUUCUGUUAAACUGCUUGUGUACUGAAUAACCUUGAUCUGGAAUCAAGUACUGCUUUAGUCGGCACAUAUUGCAGUAGGGAAACUAAUCUCGUCACUGUGCUCAGAUAGAUGACUCUGCAGGGUCCUCCCUUCCCA